AAGCCUGAGAAACGGUGGCAAAAGAAAGCGAGGGAGCGAGGAGGAGUGCGGAGAAAAGAUCGAAUAGCAUCAUUCACAGCUAGCUAUAUAAAAUAAAGAGAGAGGUUUCUGGAAACUCACUAUAUUUUACUUAAAAAAAAAAAAAAAAUUACUGUAUAUUCUCAUAGCAAUUAGCAAUAGCUUCAGCUUCCGAAAUCCCCAAAUUGUUCUGAGAAGUGAGAAACCCUAAAAAGAAAGAAGAAAAAAAAUGGUGGUGAUAGAAGUGGAAGAGAGCAACGUGAAUCCUCCAAAACCAGCACCAGCACCAUCAUCGACAUCGCACAACGCCUCCGAUGGCUUUGAAACCGCCAGCGACGGUGAGCUACCCAGCGACGACGACGACGACAAUGGCAGUGAUGCAACCAACGCCGUAAAUGCACAACAACAAGAACAACAACAAGAGGACCACCAGAUUGUUCCUCCACAACCUCAACCUGAAGAACACGACGAAGCCGACUCUUCUUCCCAAAACGACGACGCACUCCAACAACAGGUUAUUCAUUCUAUUUGGCAGAAAGCCUUAGAGCAAGAAAAUGAUGCGAAAGCCUUAGAGCAAGCAAAUGAUGCGAAAUUGGAAGGAAAUAAGUUGUUUGGAGAUGGGCAGUUUGAGGAGGCGCUAUCACAGUAUGAGCUUGCUCUACAAGUUGCACCAGAUAUGCCUUCCUCUUCAGAAUUACGCUCCAUAUGCCAUGCAAAUUGUGCAAUAUGUUAUACGAAACUGGGAAAAUAUGAUGAAACAAUCAAGGAAUGCACAAAAUCAUUAGAACUAAAUCCUACAUAUAUGAAGUCUCUGGUUAGAAGGGGAGAGGCUCAUGAAAAGCUUGAACAUUUUGAGGAGGCUAUUGCUGAUAUGAAAAAAAUCUUGGAAUUGGAUCCUUCAAAUGACCAAGCUAGGAAAACUAUUCGCCGCUUGGAGCCGUUAGCUGCAGAAAAGCGAGAAAAGAUGAAGGAAGAGAUGAUUUCAAAGCUGAAAGAUAUGGGCAACUCUUUAUUGGGCCGCUUCGGGAUGAGUGUUGACAACUUCAAGGCUGUCAAAGAUCCAAACACUGGUUCUUAUUCCGUUUCGUUCCAACGUUAGUCUGGAUGCAUUUGGUCAUGUAAUUACUUCAACGAUGUUGAAUGGAAGCAGUCAUAGAAUGAUACCACUGUGGGGCGUAGUUUUGUAUGCUGAGUCCAAUUGUUACAAGUAAAAUCGCAAAGUUGAUAAAAUGAUAGAAUUUGGGGAAUAGUUUUGGUUCUUUCAUAAGAGCAGAAAGUGAUGCAGUGUCCAUUUGUGGUGGUGCUAAUGGGCGAGUUACCAUAAGUUUAUUACUUGUAUUUUAAGUUCUUUAUUGUUGAUAUUCUCGGCAGCUCCUGCUUUUGAUGAGGUUUAUUUAUCUAGAAUAUAUAAAAUAUAAACUUUUUAUUA